AUGUCCAUCUCAUCAGAGCCAGGCACACGCGGUAACCUCACCGCCGAGCAGAACCACAGUCUGCAAGAAGCUUGGGUACACCUGCUUCGUCUCUGUGGAAACCAGACACUUUGUCAGGAUGUUCCCGAGAAAACAAACGAUUUCUUGCAGCAUCUGAACAACAAGUCUCCAGAGAACUUCAGUCGGAGUUUGUGGGAGGCCUUUCUGGCCGAUCAUCCCGACACUACACUUCUCCGAUUCCUUCGCGCCAGAGACUUUGAUGUUGUAAAGGCCGUUGACAUGUUUGUGUCCUCCAUCAAUUGGCGGGAGGAGCGACAAGUCCAGAAAACCAUCAUUGGCGGAGGCGAAGCGGUCGGCUUGAAGACCUCGCUUACGCCCGAUGAAGAGGCUUUCAUGGCCCAAUACCGCUCUGGAAAGAGUUAUGUUAGAGGCACAGACAAAGACAACCAGCCUGUCUACGUUAUCCGUGUUCGACUCCACGAUCCCCAUAAGCAGACCACCGAAGCUAUGGAGACGUACGUCCUGCACAAUAUCGAGACUCUCAGAAUGAUGGCUCGAGCACCCAACGACAAGGUCUGCCUUAUUUUUGACCUGUCCGGUUUCGGCCUUCGCAACAUGGAUUUCCACGUGGUCAAGUUCCUGAUUGAUGUCCUUGAGACGCGAUAUCCAGAGACUCUAGGAGUCGUACUCGUUCACAACGCGCCGUUUGUAUUCUGGGGUGUUUGGACCGUUAUCAAGCACUGGUUAGACCCCGUCGUCGCUUCCAAGGUCCAUUUCACAAGCGGAGCCAAGGGUCUUCUCAAGUUCAUACCCAAGAAUAACUUGCAAAAGUCCUAUGGCGGUGACGACCCCUGGGAGUACAAAUACGUCAGCCCAGUACCUAGCGAGAAUGAGAGGAUGCAGUCAGAGGAGAAGAAGACCAAGAUACAGAUAGAGCGAGAGGAGUUGAUUGAUCAGUUCAAUCGAUUAACUACAGAAUGGAUCACGUUGAACAGUGGCACGGAAGCCGGGGAAGAGACGAGCGUUAGACGAGAUGAGUUGGCUCAGUUGCUUCAGCUUAACUACUGGAAGCUGGAUCCGUAUAUUAGAUCUAGCACUUAUUACCACCGCGUAGGAGCCGUUAACAGGGCGGGAGGAGUAGACUUCAAGGCUGCACGGUAG